AAACUAUCGAUAACUUAGAAGCUUUUGCAAAUGGCGGCUAUGAAGCCCCCAAAUGUUAUUAUUGUUCGAUGGAGUAUAUCAGACCAUUAAGAUUAUGCCGGAUUGUUUCAACCCCCCAGAGAGUGAAGAGAACCGCCAGCUGCGGGUCCAGCGCCGAGUGGAGCCGUGGAACUCCUCGGUGCGGGUCACCUUCACCUUGCCCAGGGAAGCGGCCGUCCGGCUCCGCCAGCUGGCUCAGGUGGGCGAUGCGGCGCUCAGAGAAUUAGGAAUAUUAUCCGUGCAGCUGGAUGGCGAUCAGGUCAUAUCAUUGACGAUCGCCGGUCGAUAUGAAACGCAAGAGAUUGUUUUCCGGACAGAACCAGCAGGAGCAGCAGCAAAUGUAGCAGCUGCUUCUGCAGUCAAUGGAAGUGUAGGAGGAAAUAGUGUAUCGCCUUUAACCGGGUCAGUGGUGUCAGCAACAUCCUCCCCAGCAAGUGUGACAGAAUUAUUGACGCAAGUCGCCUCUACCGGAGCCGGUGUCUCUAACGGCCUAGUGACUCCAUCUCAGGGUAGUGGCAGUGUCGUCUUGCCGGCUGACGUGAAUGUCGGCAACAAUAGCAACUUCCAGCAGCCAGUGGUCGCUGCGACUGUGUCGUCCGCCGGAGCGUUCCGCAGUCCGAAUGUAGUUGCGCCAGGUAGUCAGCCGAUUCCUUAUGUGCAACAACACCAGAGACCUGUUAUAGGAGGAGGAUGUAGUGCGAGCGCGCAAUCGAAUGCCGGACCACACAACAGUAAUCCGAACAGCGGGAUCGGCGGUAGUGGUGUCGUGGCGGCCCGUGCCCAGGCAGUCUACGCGGGUCCCUACCCAUUUGCCAGUAUGACCCAUGCCGCUCAAUCUAUGCUCGGUCAAACUGGCCAGCCGUCCUCCUCUUUAUCCUCAACAUCUUCUUCUGCUUCUUCUUGUCCCCCUUCUACCGCCAUCACCACCAUGUCUCAAACAAUACCCAGAACGGGACGGCCUCCUACAACUAUGACGGCCAAUACAAUCAACCAUCCGGCUGUAACGUCAGGCCCGCCUCCUCCGACAUCUACAGCUUCUUCUUCGUCGUCGUCACCUUCUCCACUUCAAGUUCUGUCAAGUGCCUUGCACCCUGUCACUAUGAAAUCUGCCGAACCCUCCGCCACCGCUGCUGUUGUUUUCGCGUCGCCCACUACUAUGCAAGUCGGAGGAAUCAAUGCACCCUCGUCUGCCCAGCACUUCCAGCCGAAUCCAACACAGCAACAAUCGUUCCCCAGCAGCAGCAGCAGCAGCACGUCAUCACCUACACCGAAUCCGACUGUCGUUAGGACAACGCCGGUGGUGGCAAUAAACCAACAAAUACCACCGACCCUUUCGUCUGGCUCGUCAAAUGUCAAUUUCCAAUCGGUUCCCAUCACGACCGUGUCGAGCCCGCUCUUAGUCAAUCUUUUGCAGCAACAGCAACAACAACAGCAACAACAAGAACAGCAGCAGCUGCAACAGCAACAACCUAGGAACAUGUUGCCCAGUCGGAGUGGAUCGCCGGGUACACAAGGCAUGGCAUCGGCCAGCAUGGGACCUGUCACGUCGACGGUCAAUUCAAGCGACGUAGCGAUGGAAUCGAAUCCGGUUGACGUGCUGGACAAGGUCAGACAUCAAAAGCAACAUCAGCAGCAGGUGAUGGGAGGAGUCGGUCGUCCGGUUAGCCGUACGCACAACUCGCCACUUGUCGUCAUCUCCGGCCGCUUCACCUUACCCUGUUUCCUCUUCUUCUCCCAAUUCCCCGGCCGGAACUGGGACGCCGGUUGGUAUCGUGGCCAACGCUGCCCCUGCUUCGGUAGAGACAAACCUGACAUUGGCUGCCUCAGUUACGGUGCUUAAUGUCGGACAGGUGCACCACUCAACGCCCACACAGCUCUCAGCGGCUUGGCCCCCACGAUUCCUUCAGCACAUCCUUCGUCCAGCGUUGCUGCUACCCCCGUUGUUGUCCCGGUUUCGUCGUCGUCUUCUACACUGGAAACUGGAGAAGCCCUUCAGACUGAUAGAUUAAACCAGCCGAUCAUCGUCCAGCAACAACAACAGCAAUUUGUUGUUCGGCCGUCUGGAAGUGUAUCAGCUUCUUCUAUGGUUACUGGAGUUCGAAUGCCCAUAAUGACCCGGGCUCCCGGGCCUGGAUCUCUUGGCGUCAUUCGCCAUUUGGCGCCAAUAACAACAGCGGCAGCGAUACCAACAGCAGCACCACCUGGAGUUGUUGCCGCAGCUGCCACGGCGCUUAAUGUUGCUUCGUCCUCCUCAAUCCGGUCGCUGCCUCCAUCCGCUGUUCCUCCGCCACCUUAUCCAGGCCUUAGGCCCAACCUUCACCAUGUGGUCAAUCACAACAAUCGUCUACCGGUCAUUCCUGGUGGAGCCACCGUCACUGCUGUACCUGCUACUGUUGCCGCAUCCAUUUCCUCAUCGUCCGUGACUUCGUCUAAUGUGAGUGCCAAUCUGCUUGAUGGAAUGGUGUGUGUCAACGACACGUAUAUGUUGCCUGGAAGGAACAAUCUUUCCAUCACGGUUGUCAGCGAUCCCCAAAGGAACGCUGCAACAAACAUUCAGCGCGUAGCUGGAACGACUCCGACUCCACCGCAAACUAUUAUGGGGACGCCACCGAUGUCGGCAGUCGCAACAAACAACACCAAUCCAACCGCCAUCACUAUCUCGAGAACAGCCUCGGAGAUGGAGAAACAAAAGCAACUGCUUAUCAACCCACUGACGGGCCAUUUAGAGCCGAGUCCUAGCGAGAGCUCUGACAGUGACGUGGAGGUGACCAAAGACUUGGAAAUGUCGCUGGAAAAUUCGUUGUUGAUGCAGUCGCUACUGGACCCCACCUCACCUACGUUCUUAGAUCGGCCUCUACCUGAUUGCCUUUUCAGUGACGAAGAUACGGAAAAAAUGUCGUUGACAAACGACAAAGCAGAUCCGUACGAAUUGUCGUCCAAACCAAUCAAUCGUACAACGGCGACAACAAUAAUGAAUCAGCCCAUUGUGGCUGCAGCCAUCUGCAGGGAACAACCACCACCGGGAAGCAAAGAAACGGGCGAAGGCAUCAAAUUGCGACUCAAAUUAGAGAAAAAUGAAUCCAAUUAUGUUGCCUUUGUCAACCUGCCGGUACCGAAAUCAUCGCCGAGUUUGGAUCCUGCGGCGAUCGCACCCAACUCGAUUUCCAACAGCAACAGCGGUGGAAACAGUCCAGCUACUGAGCCAAAGGUUCCUCCGCUUCACAUUUCCCUCAAAGGGCGGAAUUUGGCUGUUCUGAAUAGUCCAAAGAAGGAUGUGAAGCGGAAAAAGUCGCGAAGUCGACACGAAUCUGCCGAAGAGGAUGAAUUAUUCCACAAAGGUGAAAAGAAGAGCGUCAAACGAAAACGGUCUCAGCAGUUAACGCCAAGUUACGCGGAAUGUAUAGACGACAGAGCAGAGGAACAACAAGAGGAUCUCGUUCCUGUCGAGGAUGUCGAAUCCGAUUGCAAGCCGAAAGUAAAAACGAAAAUGGAAUUUGAAACGGGUCCACCAACCACCAAUGUCGUCUUGUCCGAACCUGCAUCAUCCUUUGGUCUGCCAAGCGUUGACAAAACGGCCGACAACAACUUGGCGAUGCCCCACGUGUUGAUGGAACAGGACGACGAGGCUGUCACCAUAACGGGUAGUGUUCCCGGACCGUCAAUCAAAUCAGACGAUGAGCCAAUCAAAUUGGAGGGCAUGGAAGUGUGCCUGGAAUCCAAUGAGACACCAUCGUGUGAAGGAGCCAACACUUUAGUGGACACUCAUAGUGCAAUAGUGAAUCACGUAACGGCAGAUCGUGAUGGUGAUGUAAUGGUGAUGUCAGACAAUUCGCGGACAGAGCAAACAUUGUGCUCAGAUGAAUUGGACGUUGAUGUGACGCCAAUUGGCGAAGAUGUGACCAUGAAACCAGUACCAUCACCACCUGUUGUUCCUUCACUACCCCUGAACCCCUCAACUUCUUCCACUCAUAGUUCAAAUAGUCCAACCGUCCACCAAGUGACCGAUCCCAGUUCGCCAUUGUCCCCGCCUCUUGAAUUGUCUGUGGCUAGCCCGGCCGUCCAACAAUCACAACAAAAACAAGCGGAGCCACAACAACAGGAAUCCCCUUUACCACCCAAAGUGAAGGAUGAACCGGUUGCAUCCAUCGUUCCGGCGUGCGUUGACAAAACGGAGCUCGCAGAAGCAGAGCGCAUUUCUUCCAUAGUCAAACCCAAGUGCGAAGUGGAAGACACGCUGAACGAUGUCAAACGAGAUGACUUCUUUGCAGAGCCUGUCGAUCAAGAGGGUUUAAGCGCUCGUUUGAUUAAGAACGAAUUAGAGGCGACGAUUUUGCGUACGAAAAUCGGCACCAACGACCUGCACAAGCUGAGUUUACUUAACAAUGUCCACCGGAAGAGCAAUGCCAUGAUCCCAACACCUGAACAAGAGCCGUUGGUUAUUGCUAACGUGAGUACAACGACCACCAUGAAAACUGAAGUGGCCGAGGAAGCGUUACCUGGAAGUCAAACUAUGAUGACAUCGCCGGAAAAAUCAGCCGAAGAGAUGAUUUCCAGAGAAAUCGUAGUAGUAGAGUCUCCAACAGCCAAAAACGAAGUCGUCGUCAUGGUGGCUACGUCGGAUACGCGCAUUAGUGGAGGAGGAGAAGACACUGGCAACACUCAGGGUGAAGAUUCAGGGAUAGAAUCGCUGGAUGCGUUGUCAGAGAAGAGUCCCAACCAAGGAGAGAGUCCACCGAGGAGAGAAGACAAAGAUUAUUCCUCUUCUAAUUCGUCGGAUCAACGGCAGUUUCGCCAGCCUUCACCUUUGGCAUCCAUCCAAACCAAACCGGCGUCGCCACCGCCACCACCACCGUCAUUGGCGCUUGAGUCCACCAAGGCAUUCAGUCCUGUACCGACAACAUCAUCACCGUCAAAUGUAAUUUCAGACGCAAGUGAUACAACGACUGCGAUACCCGAUUCCGUCGAGGUUGAACAACAACAAGAACCUCUUUCGCCCGCUGUGGUUGAAUGUGAGCAAGUGUCGGCGGAAGUCAAUCUAGUGACACCAAAAUCUCCAGAAGUUUCCUCCUGUCCUGCGGAGAUGGAAGACCCUGAAGAAGUUAGCCCUGUUGCCCCUCCCUCACUGGAAGAUCCGCCAGCCGGAAAUGUAUCACCAGCACCUUUUUGCGAUUCCAUCCUCUCCGAGUCGACUGUGCCAGACGUCGUUCCAGUCGGCGACGAAAUCCCGUCGGAUCAAGUCAUUGCAACCGCCACGUCACCUGCGCAAGUUCCUACAGACGUCUGUUCCAGCCCACGUCUUUCUCCGCGUCAGCCAUCGCCAACACUGGACGAAGAUUUACCCGUUGAUGAGCAUCCGACUGCAACAACUACGGAAGAUCCCGCACCAUCAGCGAAUGUUCAAUCAAGCAAUGAAUCGCCCAGCUCUCCUCCGGCAGAGACCCGCUCUUCUCCGCUACCCAUUCCGGCUGCAGUAUCGAUUGAAAUGGUCGACAGCAGUUCACCUUCUGCUUCGGUUCUCCCUAAAGAAACGGAAGUAGUUGCGGCGCCAGUUCCAGCAACGGCGGAAAACACGGAGUCAUCGACGGAAGUGCCUGUCGGAGAAGAAAAAGAUGAAUCGGUAGCCAACAGCGGUCGAACGGAAGCUGAAAAACUAGAACCGAUUAAAGCGGAUGAGGCGGAUCUGCCAACGCAAAUCUCCUCCGAAACAGUUGAGUAUAACCGACCGAUUUCGUGCGAACCGAUGGAACCCAAAGAAAUGAAAUGCACUAAAGUGAAACCGGAAGAAAAGAUCUCGUUAGAUUCCGCUUCGACACCACCACCACCACCACCAGAAGAGCAGAAAAUUCCAUCAGCUGUUUCCCAAGCGAUCCCUCCACCAUCCGCCAUGGAGAAAUUGGAUGAGCAGUCGAACUCUAUCUCAUCAUUUUCGCCCGAAUCUCUGGGUAAUUCGUGUUCCUCGUCGGCUAGUAGUCCUACCGACGUCGAAUCCAAGACAACAGUAGCAACGGCGAUUGUCGUUCCUAAAACUGAGGAACCCUCAUCUUCGUCUGCCGUCGUCGUCGUGGAGGCGGGCACUUCUGGAUCUCAGCCCAAAAUCGGUUUCAUCGCCAACUGCCAUGCCCAGAAACGGACGAAAGAACAUCAGCCGACUGAAUCACCCAAAGCUAAUGCCGUACCUACCCCUCCACCGCCGACCAGCUACGUCCUGUUUUCAUCCAACAGCGCCACCGGUGGAGUAGGAACCAAUUCGAUCGCUUUGUCAUCCAAGUCGAUGGCGAUGAUCGCCUCUUCCGGCGCUGGCGGAGCGACUCGAAUCAGUUCGGCGUCGGGUCUAUUUGCCAUGACGUCCGGAUCGAAAAUGGUCCCCAUCCGCUUAGUUACGAUACCAAAGGGAAUGGAUCUGUCGUCGGCUACGUCGCGAUCAGGUCCUGGUCAAGGCGGCCCAGUUAAAAUUCUCGUCUCAAAAGUAUCACCUGGAAAAGUUCAUGGCACACCUGUUUCGGCAGUGAUGAUGAAAUCCAUCACUGUUCCAGCUGCUUCUUCGGCUGCUCUGUCUGCCUCCUCAUCCUCUUCAUCAACAGGCAUGGCGCCAAUAUCUCUUCCGGUAACAGCAACAGUAACAACAGUCUCAUCCAUUCCAGUUUCUUCCUCAGCUCCUGCACGGACCGUAUCUCUGACGACGUCAAAUCUGACCGCUCCUCAACUGGUUAAGACAGUGGCUGUGGAACUGGUGAAGAAAGAAGCCAAAGAACCUGCUCCCAAUCGUUCAUCACCACCAUUAUCAGCAUCCGCCCCCGUAGUUGUAAUACCAGCGAAUGAAGAAGAGAAACCGUCUAGCAAUAAGAACGAGAAAGAUGCACCGAUGGCAAACAAUAGCAUCAGCAAAGAUCAAAUCGAUGUCGUCGUCCAGCCAGGGGAUGAAGAGGAACGUGGUCAAUCUCAGCCACAGUCUCCUUUCCACGGUUUCCCGUCAUUGAACGCCACUCCGGAAGAGCUGAUGAACGAUAGUGCCAGCAGUAGCAGUAGCUCGGGCUCGGAAUGUGGACGUUCGGACACUGGAACAUCUCAUCAUUCUGAACUUAAAAACGACUUGGAGGACGAUGACGAGGACACCACCGGAUCGGAAGAAACAACUCCGACGCCCGCAUUACAACCCGCACCGUUCCACGAACAUCCAGUGACGGAUGCAUUGACAAUCGAAAUUCCUCCGAAUGCGCCUGAAACGAUGACGAGGAGUACCCGUUCAGGAACGAGAAUUAUCAGUCCAGAGAUCCGACGCAGUAGUCCGCGACAGCAGAGUCCAGCUGAAGAGAAUAAACAAGGAGGCAUUUCAACAACAGCAAACAGUGGGGCAGUCACGGCUCGAAAGAGUUCGCGCCGCAAACGUAACGAUUCCGGUUCCAGUGGCACGUCCGACCCGCCGAGUAGCGGUGACAGGCAAACGCCGACGGAUCAAACCGAUGGAUCGUCCAAUCUUUCAACGAGGCCAAACAAGCGAAAAUGUUCGGAGAAUGCGAGUGAAAUGAUCAAAGUCUGCAUGGGUCUGGAGGACACUCCGCGCAAAAUGAGCAGCAGCCACAAUGAUUGUAACACCCCCACUCACAUAGGCGUCUCCAUGUCCGGUAGGAAAAGGCAAGGCAGCGUUGACGAUGCUCCCUCGACCAUCCUUAAAAAACAUGACAACUCGGAUGACGACACCUUGCCGGACCUUCCCCAUAAAAUACCUCGAACCAACAGGGUUGCUAUUCGCAAUUCAAAGAAGAAUUCCGUCAAAGUGAUGUUGAAAGAAACACCAUCCAGCAAUACAAACAAUUUCCAUCCUGCCUCGACGACUCCGCCUCCUCCACCGUUGUCGACGGCCAGAAGAUCAGGUCGACAUGUCGGCAGUGUAGGACUCCGGGGAUCUUCCUCGGCAGCGAUCGAGAACAACGGGACAGUUAGAAGAAAAACGAGGAGUAGUGCCGCACUAGUCGCACCCGAAUCUGACGCCGAAACUGACGGUCCAAUGGCAACGUUGGAUCAGCAGACGACUGCUACCACCACCAUAGGGACGGGAACAACUGCAAUAUUGGCUCCUGAUCUUCCGGCGUCUGAUUCCUCCGCCACUAACGCUGCAUCCGCAGCAGCCAUUUUGGCUCCCCAACCUGGCCCGGCCAGCGUUUUGGGUGGACUGUGCAGUGCCACUACAACCGGACCUUUGACGUCGGUCAAUAACAAACGGCGACGAGUGUCACGAGAUAGCCGGUGAUGAAUCCACACGGUGGGCAGGAGGGAAAAUUUGAAAACAAUGUUGGAUUUCGUCCACUCCCCCACUCCGCAGUGUGUACCCGUGGGUGUGCCUGCCCGCUUUUGUAUAUUUAUUGUACAUAGAGAAGUUAAUUCACAGACCAGAAACAAGUUGUGGACUACUCUGCAACAGCACCGUCGCCCCCCUCCCGCCAAUUCUCCUAUAGUAACGGAAAGAUCCAUUUGAAAUUAUUGUUUAAAAAAAACAACAAAAAGCAAAACAAAAUAUGUAUUGAAACGGAUUUUAACGACAAUGAUGAAGCUGAUGAAUUUGUUGAAAAUUUGAAAAAAAAAAAAUCUUCUCUCACUUUUUGUGUUGACCUCUACCUGCCGUUGCCUUUUUUACGAUUCCUUCUUGCUGAAAUAAUAAUAGUUUUUUUUUUUUUCGUUUGUUUAAAAAAAAAAAUCGAAUAGUAGCCACAACCCGUAGGGGGUAGGGGCCUGAACAAUCCGUGCAGACGUAGUCAAAAACGACGAGAGCAUAUGUUUUGUUUAGUGAACGAAAAAGAAGAAGAAAAAAAAAAAAAAAACAAUUGCAAAACAACCCAAGUUGGGCUUGUUGCCCUGACCCCCAUUUAUGCAGCGGAAAGUGUGUGUCUGUGUGUGUUUGUCUAUAUAUAUACUAUAUACCGUCAUCUCAGCUGUGCGUGUUUGUGUAUGCUUCUGGGCGUUUUAAUGGAUCAAGUUCAAAAAUUGCGUCGUUGUUGACAUUAUGGUGGAUCGUGCAAUCCUUUGGACAAUAGUGAAAAAACAAAAUUUGAAGUUAUAAGCCUCCUGGAACCAGCCGUUUCGUCGUUUAUCCUCCCCACACCACCUGUCGAUUUUUACACACACGAUCUUUUUUCUUUUCUUUUCUUAAACCAAAUUAUUGUAAUCUUAACAUUUUUGUUUUUUUUUUUUAAAUCUAUUUCCCUUCCUCCAACACACAACAGUGCGGGAUCCAUCAUCACAAACAUCAAAAGUGAAAUUCUAUCCAAAAACUAUUUACACUUUGUUUGUUGUGACAUUUUCUUGCUCUUACUUCUCUUUUUCAGUAAAUUUCUCAGUAAAAAGAUGAAAUAUGACUAUUUCGUUGGUAAAUUCAUUUCCUUAUUUUUACUGACAUUUUGUUGACUUUCUUUCUAUCCUCCACCCAGUUUUUCUUCUUCUCUUUCAUCCACAUCCCUAACUAUUCAUCAUGUUGUACAUAGUACGUGUAGACUGAAAUUUUCGCUUUUUUGUUUUGUUUCUUGUUUAUUUUUGUUCGGCUCUUAUCCUUGGAUCGUGUAUGUGCGUGCGUGUGUGUGAGAGCGAUUCCAUCUGCCCCCACCACUCUCUUCAUUGACUGUUAUACCACAGCUUUUUUUAAUUGGGGAAUUCCGAAAUGAUGAUAAAAUUAUGCAGUCUUGUUGCCACUGAAAGAACAAUGCGUAUCUCUCAUCA